ACAGCAAAUUACACUCAGUUCUCUUUUACUUCCGCAUUCGUUAAUGCAAUAAAGAAGAUAUAUUAUAUUAGCGUUUGACCUGUCUAUAAAGUAACUGGAAGUGUAAGAUAAUGUCACGUGCAUCCAGACCAGUACGGCCUCCACCGCCCGUCCCAAAACCAGGUCAAGUGAAAGUUGUGAGAGCGUUGUACAAAUAUGAUGCCCAACAGACUGAUGAGCUGUCGUUUGAAGAGGGGGACCUGCUGUACAUCCAGGACUCCACAAACAAGGAUUGGUGGAAGGGUCGAUGUGGGAACAAGACUGGCCUCAUUCCCAGCAACUAUGUGGCAGAGAACACGGAGACUAUAGACUUCCCACUCCAUGAUGCAGCUAAGAGAGGCAACAUGCCUUUCUUGCAAGAAUGCUUACAGAACCAGGUAUCAGUAAACUCGCUGGACAAGGCUGGGGCAACCCCUCUUCACUGGGCUGCCCACGGGGGGCAUAUUGACUGUAUGAAAGCCUUGCUGGCCGUGCCCAACUGCCAGGUCUCCACCCAGAACAAGUUAGGUGACACUCCAAUCCACUCAGCAGCCUGGAGAGGUCAUGCAGAGGCCGUCGAGCUCCUCCUGGAAAAAGGUGCGGUGGUGAAUCUGCAUAACCAAGACGGCAAGCUUCCAUUUCAGCUGGCCAAGGACCCACAAACUGCUGCCAUGCUUAGAGCUGCAGCUGGAAUGAGUAGAACUCUAUCUGGUGACUAUGACUAUGGCAAUGAGGAAGACUCUGACUGAGGUGUCAAUGAUGAAAGUCCCGACUGACGUGCCAGUUGUGUCACUGCAGAAAUAACCACAGUCAGAGGGCUAUGGACAUAUUAUGUGGAAAUGCAGUUAAAUAGUUCACUUAGAGAAAAUGUGCACUUCAAGAUUCCUUAUUAACAUUAUUUUCAUUCUUUUCAGGAUUUCUAUAUUUUUAUAAAUGUUUACAUUUAUGGUGUGGAUUUUGAAACGAACAGUGCAUAAAAACCGACUUACCCUCAUUCCUUACCUUGUCUACAUUCUGUAGAGGCCUUCUACUUUUUCCUCCAUAUUGUCAAAAACUUCUUGUAUUCUUACCAUGCAGCCAAUAAUGGCCAUUAAUGCAGUCCUAAAUGUUUGAUAAAUGGCUGCUAAGUAUAACCUCAUGGUGAUGGCACAAUUGAUGUAGCUUGAUAAAUACAUGUGUAUAUUAUAUAAUAUAUAACAUCAUCCUCAACAUUAAUCUGUCCAAUGUGGCACUGAUACCAGCCUUGUGAUAAUGAUGCAGGUCUAAGGCGUUGACAGUAACAUGUUUACUCCAACAACAAGCCUCUUUUUCUAUUUUUCUUCUUUUUAUUGGACGUUGUUGGAUGACCUUAUCCAGAAUGUUUUGUUAUUGAUAGUGGCAUUGAAGGUUAACCUGAUUGUCUCAAUUUGGAAAAAGAUCUACUAACAUUCUCAUUUAGUUAAAAUCCUCCAUAUUCAUUUAAGUUCUGUUGUUGUUCAUUCAUUGAAAAUCAUAUGAAAAACUUUUAUUUGUAGAAUAUCAUAAUGAUUCUUCAAAUAAUGCCUGGCCUUAAGUAUUAUCUGCUUAUAUAUUUCAGGAGUUUUUUUCUUUGUUGUUGUUUUUUAAGAAAAUUCAUGAUAUUGUCAUAGCCAAGGUUUCAGCGUCAUGCAAAACUUUGACCUUGGCCAACAUUGAAAACAUGUCACGGUUGCCAUGCAACUUGGCAUACAUGAUGCCAGUAACACUGUGACAGUGUACAUAAAAGUUGCAAUGCCAACAAUUUUGGCUGUGAUCAUGAGCACAUAUCAUGAAGAUGAUAUUUUCUUCAUAAAAUGGGAAUUCAUACACUAGUAGGAACCAGGCAUUAUCAGAAUUCCUGUUUCAAUAAUAGUCAAGAUUGCAUUUAUUCCAAGAACAUAGAUAUAAUAUAGAUAUUAAACAGUGCAAUUGCAUAUGUGGAUAAAGUUCCAUACAAAGUCUUUUAUAUGGAUGUCAUUAGCAAAACGUAGAAUCUCUUUUUUAAAACACCUCCUGCACCUGAUACAUGUACAUGCACUGUGGAUAGGACAUAGUGCUCAUCUUACAAGUGCCUGUUUUUGUUCCGAUAUUCAUGCAAUAUUUGUCCAAUUGUUGAGAACUUUUAUACAAGUUAACAAUGUUGUUAAUUUCAUCGGUGUUAACUUUAAUGUUAACAUUGAUGUUGUUAACAACAUUGUCUAUUUAAUCAAAGUUCUGAUUACAGUUGACUUGUUAUAUUAACUUUUAUAAAUUAUAAGACUUAUUAUUAAUUUCUGUGAUUCUCUGUUACUCUGUAUAAAGUCUAUUGAAAUAAACAAAUUGCAGUAGGUUAUGUCUCUGUUUGUUACAAUGUAUUAUAUGUAGUACAAUUUCAACAUUCCAAUUGAGUGAUUUGAAGUUUUUAUUGGAAUAUUGGAUGAUUUAUAGGUUGACAUUCAAAACAACUGUUUUAGAGUUUGAUACUUGUACAUGUUCGUGUUGAUAAAAUUUUACUAAUAUAAUGUAUAUAUAUACAAAACAUGUCA